AUCCGACGUUUAAAGUGUGUGUGUGUGUGUAUGUGUUUGGGGGGUGGGGUGGGGUGGUGGUGGUGGUGGGGUGGGAGCUCUUUAAGGUGAGGGCCUGAAUAGACAGCAGCAGAGAUCAAGACUCUUUUCAGGUGUCACACGGAGAUGGAUUCGUCUCCGGCUUGAAUGUUGUGGUGCGGAUGUUGGAUUUCUCUGUGCCUUGUUUGCAUUUCCAUGGUUUACCUGUAACAGACGGGUUUUAUGUGUAAAGCAGGCCCGAAAACACACACGAGCUCAGAGGGCUGGUUUAGAGGAAAGGAAAGCACCGUUUCCUGUAAUCCGUAUCACGUCAGCCCUUGUUUUCUUGUGUGGAAAUCACCAAGGUGUUGUCAUCUUUGCCUGCAGCAUCCUCUUGGUUUUUCUGGAAUUUGCCUUCAUGCUGCAUUAAUAAGCAAUACUCAUCAUCUGUCAGGGAGACUCAUCUAAUUUGGGAGCCGGGUUGGCAUACUGAGACUGAUCUUUAAGGACGGCCCGGGGUCCUUUUUAUCUUGUUGUCACAGCUGAUUCUGAGAGCGUGUCGGGUUUCGUUUAGGAGGCAGAAGCCUAGAGGUCUGGUAGAAGUGGGGAGAACUCCCGGUGUAUGCCUGCCUGCGCCACGAUGGCCUCCGACAUGGCUGAAACGUGGAGGAACUGUUUCGAGGAGGAGCUCAUCUGCCCCAUUUGCCUGCACGUGUUCUCGGAUCCCAUCCAGCUGCCCUGCAAGCACAACUUCUGCCGGGGCUGCAUCAGCGAGGCCUGGGCCAAAGAGUCCUCGCUGGCCCGCUGCCCCGAGUGCAAUCACGCUUACGCCCAGAAGCCCAGCCUGGAGAAGAACCACAAGCUGUCCAACAUCGUGGAGAAGUACAACGCCCUGAGCGUGGAGAAGGCCGGCACGCCGGCGCCGCAGUGCAUCCUGUGCCGGCGGGGCCCGCCGCUCCCCGCCGUCAAGGUGUGCCUGCGCUGCAACGCGCCCUGCUGCCAGUCCCACGUCCAGACGCACCUGCAGCAGCCCUGCUCGGCGCUGGGGCACCUGCUGGUGGAGGCGGAGGCGGUGAAGGCCUGGACCUGCCCGCAGCACGACGAGUACCGGCUGUACCACUGCGAGGCCGAGCAGACGGCCGUGUGCCAGUACUGCUGCUUCGCCCGCUGCCACCCCAGCCACGGCCACGCCGUCACCGACGUGGAGCUGCGCCGCAACGACAUCAGACAAAACCUGCUGAGGCAGCAGGAGCGCGUGGAGGAGCGAGUGCAGGAGAUCGAAGAGCAGCUCUGCAAGCUGGACUCCGACAAGUGUGUGGUGGAGGACAGGGUGUGCGAGCUGAAAGAGGAGGUGCGCCUGCAGUACCAGCGGAUGCACCAGCUCCUGGAGGAGGACCUGGGCCGCACGCUGGAAGCCCUGGACCGGGCCCAGGCCCGCUUCUGCCAGGAGAACGCCGCCCAGGUCCUGGCUCUGGGAGAGCAGCGCCACGAGGCCCAGAAGCUGCUGAGCUCCAUCCACACGGCCUUCGGGAAGGCGGAGGAGCUGAGCUUCAUGAAGAACACCAAGCCCGUCAAAAUCCUCGCGGACAGGUCUCAGGCGUGUGUGGGCAGCAGUCUCCCUCCGUACAAAGUCGGAAACCUGAACUCUAAGCUGUUUAUCUCCGAGAUCUCAAAACGAGAGAAGAGCUUAAAAAGAACGCUGGAAGCUCCCCUCACCCCUCCGUCGGCCUUCCUGCAGUCCGUUCCCGCCUUUCCCAGCGGCCAGGGCUCCGGCUCCGGCGCCGAGAAGCGCAAACAUUCCAGUGCCUUCCCAGAAGGAACCGGAAGCACUGGAAAAACCCCCGGUCCAGGUUUUAAAGACUCGUCCUCCUCUUCCUCCUCCUCCUCCUCCUCAUCGUUAGCCAAGCAGCCCUACCUGGGCUCUGGCUCCGCCUCUGGAGAAGGCCAGUCGGCCAAUCAGCAGCCCCUGGGCCCCUGCGCCCCGCCUCACAUCGGCGAGAGCGGCGGCGGCGGGAGCGGGAGCGGCUCGCUGAGCAGCCACCACUCCAGCUCGGUGUUCGGCUCCUCGCACUUCCCCCCCGGGGGCAGCAGCUCCUCGCACUCCUCCCAGCAGGCCGUGCUCCCGCAGUACGGCGGCCGCAAGAUCCUGGUGUGCACCAUGGAUAACUGCUACUGCUCCGGGGUGCCCUCGGUGUCGGGCCACCGCGGCCACCCCCCGUACCCGCGCUCGGGCUCCUUCCCCUGGGUCAGCCCCCAGGACUACCCCCCUCCCCCGGGCCUGGCCUCCGGAGGGCCGUCCAUGCAGGGCCUGGCAGUGAGGGACUGGAUCGACGCCUCACAGACGCACAGACACGCCGACUUCUACGGGCUGUACGGGCAGCCCUCCACAAAGCACUACGUCACCAGUUAACAGGGCAGACACACACACUCCACGAUGGCGACAGGCACCAAAACAGCACACCUCUACCGUCUUAUUAACCUCGGUUUGAAGAAGAAAAAAAAACGAAAAACAAAACACAACUUCAGUUACGCUACACACACACAUUAAAUAAGUAUUUAUAUCUGAACACACUGAGAUAGAACAUGUACACACAAUCGGGGGGCAGGGUUUGUCUUUUCUUCCUUUUGUUCCUUUCUUUUAUUUCCAAUCAGUGAAUCAUGUAGUGUAUAUUAUAGGUGAGACGGAUAAGAGCCCGCUGCUCCCACCGGCUCGGCAUUUAACACAUAAAUAAGGAACGACGAAGACGGAGGGACGACAUGGGUCUUUUAUUUAUAGAGUAGGGGACUGCUCGAGUGAAAACGAACUCUUAUCGGUUCUUGGCGGGAAAAGGGACGGCGGCGGCGGGGGCGCGCUCCCCAGCGUCCAGCUGGCCGCUGGCACCGCCCCACCGGUCACACUGAGGCCAACUGCCUUACGUUAUCAGCCUGAUAUUUUUCUCCACACUGCUGACUCCGUUUGAUAAAAGGGGGGGGGGGGGCCCCCCCCCCUUUUUGUGCCUCUUUGUUUUUUUCCUCUUGGGCACCUCUUCCUUUCUUUGCUGAUUUAGGGGAGGAUCGUAAAACUUUAAACAAAAAAAAAAAAAAACGCUCUUCCAUGGAAUACCCACAACGCACUUGCGGGUGCCUUCCUAUGCCGAGACUACAGACGCCCACCCCCGCGGAGGGACGACAGGGUUGCGUCUGAAGGGCUGGUAAACUCUCCAGGCUUCUGUAUUUUUGAGAAUUUUAGUUUGUUUACCCCUUCGUUCCCCCUUCCUGCAGCCUCUGACGGACAGCAAACCUUAGGAAGACUUUCCUUUUAGUGAUGACUAUGGCUUUGUGUUCUUUGGUACACCUGUAUGUGUCACACUUGUCCACAGAGACUAUUUGAUUGUAGAGAAAAGGGCAAGGCCGAACAGACCAAACCAAUCGAGCAUCCGGACGACCUGAGGAUGCUGUAAUUGUACUUCCUGCAGGGCAAAGAUGUCACUUCCUCUCAAUAAGCACACGAGCUCUUGGCUUCCUGUUUGCUGCUGAAGACAUGCAAGGAAGUUGUUUUGUUUUU